UAAGAAGAAUUAUAAUUAUCGGCUAUGGCAAAAUUUUUGGCGACCAUUAAAGCAAUAAUAACACGUUUGGUAUUUGCAUCGCACGGUUUUAUCGCUAUCUGGCAAGUAACAACUUUCAAGAAAAAUCCAUAUUUCUGGUACUUGAGCUGUCCUAUCUUGUUGCUGUUCUUCGAGGGUAUUUUCACGCUUACUAUAAAGGAAAAUCAGGAAUGGAAAUGGUUUUGUCCAUCUGUAUUUUUAUAUCUUAGUAGUGUGGUACCUGCAAUCUGGUUGCUAGAACUGGACAAAGUAGACAAGAGACUGAAAUCUCGCGGACCGAAUGUCAAUAUAUCUGAGAAUUUAGAUUUAUCCAAUCUGGCAGCUGGUGAUUUAAAACACCUGGAAAAAGCUUUGGGCGUGAACAUUAAAUUACCGGUUAUAAAGAUUUCGACAGAAACAUGGGUCACUCUGAUCGAGCAGUUCUUAAUGCUGAUUCUAAUAAUCGGCCGAUGGAUGUUGCCAAAAGGUGACUUGACUCGAGAUCAGCUAAGCCAGCUGCUAUUAGUCUACAUUGGUACUGCAGCCGACAUCAUUGAAUUCUUCGAUUCCUUUAAGGAAGACAGAAUAGCAAGAGAGCCCGUACUUGUGUAUCUGACUCUGGGCAUCUGGGCAUGGUCUCUAAUGCAGUUCACGGUUGUACUGACCGCCACUAAGUCAAGGAAAUCCCGAUUAUCGUCCGGUACUGUCGCUAGAAAGAAAGUCCGAACGGAAACUAGUUGCUGCAGCAUCGACGUAUGGGGAAUUGCUCUUAACAUGCUUCUUCAAGACGGACCGUUUCUGGCAUUUCGUUUAAUAUUGAUAAUACAUUAUCAGAUAGUUAGUUACAUGAAUAUAUUCUUCACGUGCAAAAAUACAUUGGUGAUACUACUACAAUUGUAUCGACUUUACGUGGUACAAACCGAAAAUAGGAGUAAGCGGAAUAAAAUAUACAAUAAAAUGGAUGUAUCGAAUAUUAGUAUUAUUUCUCGUGGUGACAUGUAUAAAGAUGUGAGAAUGAGAAAUUCGCGGGAUAAUAACAGACAUAAGAAUCGACGUGAUAAGGACGUAGAAGCAAAUUAUAGUGAGACUGAAGAUUCCAGAGAAGAUGAUGAUAAAUUCGAUUCGUCACCAAAACAUGUCGGUCGUAUCAAACGAAAAAAUCGCCAAGACACUGGAUACUCUACCUCAAGCUCUCGUAAUUCUAACAAACACGACAAAUUGCAUAAACGUGAGGGGAAGAAGAAAUUGUCGCGUAGAGAGGAAAUUAGACGUGGCGCUUCUGACGAGAGGCAUAAAAGAAGAGGGGAAAGAAAGUCUGGUGAGAAAAAUGAGAGAAAAUCGACAAGAACAAAUGAUGAUUCUGAUAAAAGUUCCAAUCGAAAGUUCGAUAGUGAGGAUGAAUCAUCCAGCGAGGAGAUGACCGAAAGUAAAAUUAUCAGCGAAGGCAGCGAAUCGGAAUCCGACAGAAAGAGCUCUCGUAAAUAUACGCACCGAAAGCGCAGACAAGGCAGAGAUUGACAACGGAAUUUGGGCAUCGUGGUAUUGUUAUUUAUUUAUUCUGCAAUUCUAGUCAUUUAUAUCCUUUUUAUACAGGCUGGAAUUAAUGGCGGCGUGAUAUUAAUCACAAAAAACAAAACAGUUUUAUCGUAGAGAUUAACGUAAAUAGCAUUUGUAAAGUCAAACUUCCACGUAUAUGCACGAGCACAUGUGCGUAAAUGUUUAAUAGUUCCAAGUAGUAAAAUAUAAAUGUGUUUAUUCACAUCAGUUUAUACGCCAAAUAAUAUCUUGGCGUAUAAAAAAAUGUUGAAAAAUUUUAUCUCAAUCUAAUUUAAUUCAAAGUGAAAAAAGUAUAAUAUCUCUAUAUAUAUAUAUGUGUGUUGUUUUAUUGAAUAAGAUAAAAUAAAGUAAAAGAAUAUCUGUUUAUUCUAAACAGUAAAACCUUCCCAUAAAAUUAUCUCAUUGAUAAAACUAUUUUAAUGAAUAAACAUAACUAUGAACUUAA